AUGGCGACAGAGCGCUCUUUGGGCGCUCUUCUACGAUCGCUUCAAUCCCCGUCUGACGCCCAAGAUGGCUUGAGUUUGCUACCAACCGCAACGAGCCUGCUCUCUGUCCUCAAGAAUCCACUUAAUAUUACCUUGCUUGCCUCACAGUUGCUGGCAGCUCCGGCAAUAUGGGACCAGUCGGUCGAUCUCCACUCCUGUCGGAGAAUAAUCAGUGUAUUCAACACAGCCGCCAUGGCUAUCCUCCAGAGUGAGGAAUCGCGGGAUCCCCGGAUACCUUACGGGGGUAAGAAGCUGGAUCGUGAACAAUGGGUCAAAGCGGUUGUCAGCGGGGCCGAUGAGAAGUCGCCGCGGUGGAGACAUCUCCUCCUCAUUGGGGGCGUUCUGCUGGGCUUCGAAGGACAGGACAGACAGGGGUUGCCGUGGAACGUUCGGAAGAAGCUCGAGUCUGCCCUUGUGACAGCUGCGCAGCUGUCUUUGGAGGAAUUGACCUCGCAGGACGGACUUGAUGGUCAUUGUAUUACGAUGGUGCUGAACUACUCGUUUGAGCUCUUAUCUGACCUCGAGAGGAGCCGGCUGAACUACGACAGAUUGUUGCCAGUCAUGACUCAGGCAACAUAUCUCUCACCGGAGGGGCUACAAAGCGCCUAUUUUCUUGGUACUGUCGACGAAGACAUUGUGCAGACACCUGCAAAGCGAUUUGCGUGGCCUCAGCAAUCACCUACUUUCCAACGAAUGACAGCGGUCUCUUCAAGUCCACUCAUAUCUGCGCUAGGUCCGCUGUCUCGAUUGAUAGCCCACGCCGUCGAAAACGUGCGAGAUCCGGGUCUCGUCGCACGAUCAGUUGAUCAGAUCGCAGACUUUGUCCGGACAUUGGUGGUACAAUGGCGUCAGAAUAAACUAUCAGAAGUUGACAGAGCGGAAGAGGCAGAGUUCCUGGAUCCCGAGUCGUUGAAGAACACAAUUCCUGGACUCUGGAAACUACUCCGCAGUUGCCUGUACUCCAUCGUGAUUGUGCUUCGGGCGGUCCUUGGGAGAGUGAUCAAUGACAGUGCACUAGCCUCGGACAAGAGCGCACCAUACAUCUCGAUGCAAACCCUCCACAUUCUUCGCAACCUUUACUUUAUCUCGUCCCGCGUCGGCUCAAAUUCAUCUUCCCAGCACAAGUUCGUCACGCUAGCGGCCGUCGACAUCCUUGCCCAUUACCCUGACUUGACCGAGAACUUCCUGAAAAGCAUCAAGCCAAGCGAACUCGGUCAAAUUCCCAGUCACCCGCUUGAUCGAUGUCUAGACCUAUUCUUUCUAAAUACAUCCGAACUCUUUACCACCGUCGUUACACCACAAUUUAGCGAGGACCUAUUAAUACAGGCUGCACUACCCUACCUUCCAGCCGGCGGAAACAACCACCUCCUCGAAAUCUUCGAAGCCGCUCACAGCUUGGCUCUCGCCGUAUUCGCUAUACCUAACAACGCAUCUGUUGCUGCCAAGCACGUCCCUUUCUACCUGGACAACCUCUUCGCUGUCUUUCCCGAAAACCUCUCCGGUCGCCAAUUCCGCCUCGCCUUCAAAACCGUCCUACAAGUCACCGCUCCCCCAUCCCCAAUCGCAAACCGCCAACCCCUCCUCCCAUCAAUCCUUCUCGAAGUACUCUACGACCGAGCCCUAACCGCUUCCACCACAGCACUCCCACCAGCCGCGCAAGGCACAACAGGGCCCGACAUGGGGAAAACUGUCCCGCUCUCCGAACAAUCCUCUCUCACACUAGCACUAAUAGACAGUCUGUGCUUCCUGCGCGUGGAAGAUCUAGAGGAGUGGCUUCCUCUGACUGCGAACCUCAUCAAUGCAAUUCCGGCGCCGGAGAUGCGGAAAGUCUGUGUCGAACGGUUUUGGGACGCCUUGAGUAAUGGGGAGAUGGAUGUUGAGCGAGCGUAUUAUUGCGUAACGUGGUGGAGUACCAAGGGCGGGAGAGAUCUCAUUUUGUUUGGGCCUGAGAGUGCGGAGGGUGAGGAGCAGGGGGCAUAUAUGACAGGAGCGGUUGGAGGGGUUGCGCCGGAGAGUAAGCUUUGA